GUUCCCUGCAGUGGAAGCUAGGAGUCUCAGCCACUGGACCACCAGGGAAGCCCCCCUUUGUGAUUCUUAGACUCUGCCAAACCCAGCCUUCAAUUCCCAGGACGCCCUGACAACUGUGCUAAGAAUGGAAUGGAGGUGUGCAAGGCAGAAGCAGCAAGGAGACCACCUCUCGGAAACUACUGCAACAUCCCCAGCAAACAGCAGUGGCGACUGGGAUCAGGGCAGUCCUGUGGGCUUGGAGCAUGGCGCCCCCGCUUCCCACACUCCUUCCACCCGGAGCAGCCUGUCCCAGCGGGCUGGCGGCUCGCAUCCCUGUCCAGUCUUCCUCCCCGACCAUGCUGUUCGGGGGCGUCCUGCUGGCGGUGCAAGCAGCCCUGCAGCUUGCCGGUGCCCUGGACCUGCCCGCGGGAUCCUGCGCGUUCGAAGAGAGCACCUGCGACUUUGACUCGGUGUUCGAGUUCCUGCCAUGGAUUUUAAACGAGGAAGGCCAUUACAUUUACGUGGACACCUCCUUUGCCAAGCAGGGGGAGAAAGCCGUGCUGCUGAGUUCUGAUGUACAGACUGAGGAAUGGAGCUGCCUUCGACUGGUCUACCAGAUAGCCACAUCUUCGGGGUCUCCAUCAGAGCCCAGCCGGCUGAACCUCUAUGUGAGAUUUGAUGAUGAAAGCUUUGAUCGCUUGCUUUGGUCAGCCAAGGAACCUUCGGACAGCUGGCUCAUAGCCAGCUUGGACUUGCAAAACAGUUCCAAGAAAUUCAAGAUUUUAAUAGAAGGUGUGCUAGGACAUGGAAAUACAGCCAGCAUCGCACUCUUUGAAAUCAAGAUAACAACUGGCUACUGUAUCGAAUGUGACUUUGAAGAAAAUCAUCUCUGUGGCUUUGUGAACCGCUGGAACCCCAACGUGAACUGGUUUGUUGGAGGAGGCAAUAUGCGGAACUCCCACUCCAUUCUUCCGCAGGACCACACCUUCAGGAGUGAACUGGGCCACUACAUGUAUGUGGACUCGGUUUACGUCACGCAUUACCAGGAGGUGGCACAGCUCAUCUCCCCAGUGACCACGGCCCCCAUGUCUGGCUGCUUGUUGUUUUAUUACCAACUCCAGCAGGGGAAUGACAGCAUCUUCUCCGUGUAUACGAGGGAUGCGGCUGGCCUGUACGAGGAGAUCUGGAAAAUGGGCAAUCCAGGGAAUGCUGACUGGAACCUCGCUGAGGUGGAGUUCAGCGCCCCGUACCCCAUGGAGGUUAUUUUUGAAGUUGCCUUCAAUGGUCCCAAAGGAGGGUAUGUUGCCCUGGAUGAUAUUUCUUUCUCUCCUGUUCCCUGCCAGAAUCAGACAGAGCGUCCUUUUAGUGCCGUAGAAGCAAGCUGCAAUUUUGAGGAAGAUCUCUGCAACUUUUACCAAGACAAAGAAGGUCCAGGCUGGACCCGAGUGAAAGUAAAACCAAACAUGCAUCGGGCGGGAGACCACACUUCAGGCUUAGGGUAUUUCUUGAUGGCCAACACAAAGUUUACGUCUCAGCCUGGCUACAUUGGAAGGCUCUACGGUCCCUCCCUGCCAGGAAACUUGCAGUAUUGUUUGCGUUUUUACUAUGCCAUCUAUGGGUUUUUAAAAAUGAGUGACACCUUAGCAGUUUAUAUCUUUGAAGAGAACCACAUGGUUCAAGACAAGAUCUGGUCUGUGCUGGAGUCCCCAAGGGGCGUUUGGAUGCAAGCUGAAAUCACCUUUAAGAAGCCCAUGCCUACCAAGGUGGUUUUCAUGAGCCUGUGCAAAAGUUUUUGGGACUGUGGACUUGUAGCCCUGGAUGACAUCACAAUAGAAUUGGGAAGCUGCUCGUCUCCAGAGAAGCUUCCAACUCUACCUGGAGAGUGUACUUUCGAACAAGAUGAAUGUGCAUUUACUCAGGAGAGAAGGAACCGGAGCAGCUGGCACAGGAGGAGGGGAGAAACUCCUACCUCCUACACAGGACCAAAGGGAGAUCACACUACUGGGGUAGGCUACUACAUGUACAUCGAGGCUUCCCACAUGGUGUAUGGACAAAAAGCACGACUCUUGUCCAGGCCUCUACGAGGAGUCACUGGAAAACACUGCUUGACUUUUUUCUACCACAUGUAUGGAGCAGGGACUGGCCUCCUGAAUGUUUAUUUGAAAAAGGAAGGUGACAGUGAAGAGUCCCUCUUAUGGAGAAGAGAAGGUGAGCAGAGCAUCUCCUGGCUACGAGUGCUGAUUGAAUACACCUGUGAGAGGCGACACCAGAUAAUUUUUGAAGCCAUUCGGGGAGUGUCAAUAAGAAGUGAUAUUGCCAUUGAUGAUGUUAAAUUUCAAGCAGGAUCCUGUGCGGAAAUGGAAGAUAUAACUCAGCACUCAUCAGGAUAUUCUGAGGACUUAAAUGAAAUUGAGUAUUAAGGAAUGAUCUGAAUUGGAUUAACUAAACAAAGCCAUACCUCUCUUCAAUCAAAAUGAAAAAAAAAAAAGACAAA